AUGAGAGGAGAACGAUUAGGAUGGCUAGACCUGCCAGUCUGUAAUUUGAGUUCUUUGACUAGGAGGUCUGUAUUGUCUGGUUUAGUUAUUUCAAUUGGUGGGUUGCAAGAUUCUUUAAGAAAGGCUUCAAUCUCUGCAUUGUUGGAAUGUCUUCAACCGGUUGAAACUGAAGAGUCGAAUGAGAGAAGGUCGAGAGAGCAAAUACUAUCUACUGACAUGCUUUGGGUUCUCCAACAGUACAAGAAAUGUGACAGAGUUAUUGUACCCACUUUGAAGAAUCCUGACCACAACUCUUGUGUAUUUCAGACAAUAGAGAUUCUUUUCAGCAAAAAGAUAUUCUUGGAUAUGGAGGACCGAACUCCAGCCUUUUGUGCUAUUUUGGAUUCCCUCGCCGUUGAACUGAAGGGAUCUAGGGACUUUGCAAAAUUAUACUGUGGUAUUGCUAUACUUGGACAUAUCGCUUUACUCUUGGAAACCAUCAAUGCUCGGGCAUUCAAUCACCUUCUUACUUUGCUAGGCCAUCCAUAUCCCAAGAUCAGGAAAGCUUCUGCUGAACAAGUUUACCUUGUCCUGCUGCAAAAUGGAAAUCUUGUACCAGAGGACAAGAUAGAGCGAGCACUGGAAAUUAUUUCUGAAACCUGCUGGGAUGGAGACGUUGAGGCAACCAAGCUUCAAAGAUUAGAAGUGUUCGAGAUGGCUGGUGUGGAAUUGGGACAACUUGUCAAGCCUAUAGAUAAACUAUCAAACAGGUACAGUGAGAAGCGGCCUGUCGCAAAUGGUGAAAAUGCAUCAUAUUCCUCAUUAGUCGGGUCAACUGGGUUUUGA